AUGUCUCCAUUCGCCAACGCUGUAUACUAUCCAUCUUGGAAAGUAUACAAAGGAAAGCCGCCGUCGUCGCUGAAUAUCCGUGUAGCCACGCAUGCAUUCUAUGCGUUCGUGAGGGUCAACGAGAAUGGUACACUUCGGCUCCUGGACGAUUUUGGUGAUUUGCGGAAGCAGGUCGAUGGGGAGCAGGGGUGCCUAGCCGCCUUUGCAAAGAUGAAGCGAGAGAACCCGCACUUGAAGACACUCGUCUCGAUAGGCGGUGGCUCAGGGAGUGCCGAGUUCCCUGCGAUGGCUGCCAAUCCUGCAGCGAGGGAAAGAUUCGCGAGAGAAGCUCGCAACUUCUGUGACAAGUACGAGUUUGACGGGGUCGAUAUCGACUGGGAGCAUCCUACCCAGUGCGAUGAAGGCGAGAAUUAUGUCAAGCUGGUUUGGGAUGUCCGCAGGACUCUACCGGCCCCUGCGUACCUCGUUAGUACAGCCCUGCCCGUCGGUCAAUACUGCCUCAAGCACGUUGAUCUGAGGACGGCCGGUGCCCUCCUUGACUUCCUCAACCUCAUGGCAUACGACUUCACCGGAGCCUGGACCGACGUUUGCGGUCAUCAGGCCCAGUUACUGGCUCCGCAGGAAAACACGUGCUCAACGCUUCGCAAGUCAGGAGCCGCUGGUGUUGACUAUUUACUUGCGAAUGGCUUCCCAAGGGAGAAGAUUCUACUUGGCGUGCCAGCGUAUGCCAAAUAUUUUCCUCAGGCCAGCGGCCCUGGUCAUUCAUUCCACAGCGCUGGGGAGAUGGAGUAUUCUGAUAUGCCCGAGAGCUGGAUCUUGGAUGCCCACAUAGACCAUCAUGCUGCAACGGCGUCACAUGUUGACUUGGAGGGCGGAAAAGUUUCCUCGCGGUCAAAACCAGGCUUCUUCGGAGAGAUCCCUCCCUCGCAGCCACGCAACAGCGUCAUGUGGGUUGCCCGCCUUACGAAUCGUUGCGCACGGGGGGCUGUGCAAGGCGUCAGGAUUCCCACGAGGAAGCGCGAGACCGCGCGAGACCGCUCGAGACCGCUCGAGAUCGCGGGCGUGGACUCGGAUCGCAUAGCCUCAUCGGCGCCAGAGAGAGCGCGAAGCUCAUAA